AUGUCAGUUUUCUCUGGACGAAUAGCUAAAUCCUAUAUAAACUGCGAUUUAGCAGAUGAAAUUGGAAGAACAGUACUAACAAAAAAUAUAAGCAAAGUAUUCACAGAUAAUAAAUGCAAGCGAACGGAUCAAAUCAAAAAUUUUUCACAAAUGAGCAAUAAUAUUAAAACUAUUCAGAAUUAUGUUAAUGUGUCCCCUAUGCAAUUAUUUAAUAGAAUUAUAUGCUCCAACAAAACUCCAGACGAAAUAAGGGACUGUUUCAGCUUUGAAUUAUCUCCGUAUCCGUUAUCUCUUUUUAAGGAUGGUAUUUUAAGGAAAGGCACAAAAAGCCUUCUUUUUAAAGAAUUUGAUGCUUUGGCUACAUCCAUUUCGUCCACUAAGCAAAACGCAAUAUAUAUAGUUGAUGGCGGUUUUCUCCUACACAAAGUUUUAUGGCAAAACCCUGCUACGUUCCACCAAAUUUGCUAUCAAUAUAUUAAUAAUGCUAAACAUGUUUAUGGUCUGGACUGUGUAGUGGUCUUCGAUGGUUACGAUUCAACAAAGGAUGCUCUGCAACAAGUCAGAUCACAAAAUGCCAUAGAAAUAUCAGUAAAAUUGGAAAAUUCAAUUGUUACGCCACAAGAAGAAUUUUUACGGAAUAUUAACAACUCAUAG